CGAGGAUUUAGAUUGUUUCUUUUUGUGAAGUGUGCUUGAUGCUUUAGAGAUAAAUUAAUACAACAAUAAAAUGUAAAGAAUUAAAUUUAAGGAAAAACAGAAAUGGGUCGGUCAAAAUUUCCCGGAAAACCAUCUAAACAUAUACAUAGAAAGAGGGUAAAUGUUCUUCCACCGACAGGGGAAAUAACCAACAUUGAAUAUAAUACUUCAGUGAUAGUUGGUUCUGUUGUAGAAAACAAACAGGAUGAAGACUUGACUGAAAGUGAUAGUGAAAGUGCACCCCCUGAAAAUGCUUUGAAAAAAAGCGUUUCAAUCCGAAGAAGACUGACUAGGAAGAGGAACUUAAAUUCCUCGUUAAGAAAUAAAAAUGUAACGAAACGGACAUUGUUGUCAAAAAUGUGCACGAAAAGUUCUGUAAAAACGAAAUUAAAAUCAACCUUGAAUCAAAAAGCAGUCCACACUUGUAAUGGAUCGUGUUGCAAUAAAGUGUCAAAAGAAACAACUAAUCUUGUUGGGAAAUUUGUGUUGCCAACGAGAAGCGUUCAUUCUUCGAGGGUAAUAAAACCAAACAAAAGAUUUAUUAGUGAUAUCAACGAAGCAGUAACUUUGAAAAAGAAGGUCUCAAUUGUUAAAAGACAUUGUGUGAAACAGGAAGAUGAUAAGGCUAAGUUUUUGGAAUCUGGCAGCUUAAAUGGUGAUAAAACAACUUUUACAAACGGACAUAGGGUAGUAUUAAGACAGGCCAGGCUUAAAAUUCCCAAUCAGAUAGGAUUACAAGGCCCCUUUUCAACGAAACCUAAUUCAUCUCCAGGUGCAGUUACGUGUGGUGUGUGUGGAGCAAUUAGAUUCUACAGAUUUAUCAAGCAAGCUAGAAAGUUCAACAUUUAUAGCUGCGAAUCAUGUAGAAAAUUUAUUGCACGGAUGAUAAAAAGACAAGCAUGUGGAAACGAAAAUAAUCAAAUAACUUUGGUGUGUAAUAAAGGGCAAGGGAAUUGCCUUUUACCUCCCGUAGUAAGAAACCAGCAAUGGAAGUUAAACAAGUGUACUUAUAGGGCAAAAUGCUCAGCUUGUUGGCUUAAAUUGUGUGUUCGUGCAUUCUACUUACCGCCCUCUCUAAAACAAGGCCUUAGUUUGAUGUUGCCAAAAUAUAUGCAAGGUUUGGACGUUUCUUUAAGUAACACUCAAUCCCCAUCAUUAUGGCAAGCAAACGUAGAAACAAAAUUGGUAAUAGAAAAGCCACAAGAAGCAACCAUGAAGAAAAGGCCUGUGAGGUCCAAGAAUCCGAAAUCUCAAGUUAUAGCUGUUCCCUCUGGUACUAACUCUGAUAUUAAGAGACAGAAAAUUGAUUUAAAAGGGCCCAGAGUGAAACACGUUUGUCGUAGUGCUUCAAUAGUAUUAGGGCAGCCAUUUGCCAUUUUUCCCGAAGGUGAAAAGAAAUGUGAUAAUCAGGAACAAGAAAAUGAUAUUAAAAUAGCUGAGGACAAGACAGCUAGUGAUAAAAGCAUAAAUGAAGUUAAAAGUACUGUUUUCUGGAAAAAUGAUUCAAUACCUAGUGAACCAGAGUCCAGUUGCAGUGAUGGGUCUUCUAAAAACAGCUCCAGUGAAUCUGCCGACUUUACCAAGAGGGAAAGGCUAUUAAGAAAUGUCUCCACUUUGCAAAGUUCUAUACAGCCUAAAAGUGACAGGAAGAGGAAUCUCGUAGACCCACAAACAGCCAUACUAAUCGAUUUCUGGGAUGGAUUCGACCCAGAAGUAGUAUCUCAAUAUGGAUUCUGCAUAAUCGGAUCUGAGCGAUUUACCAUGCCGUCUAUAUGCUUUCUUUGCGGAAGCGCCGGAAAAGAAUCCAUGUUAUACUGCUCCAUUUGUUGCGAACCUUAUCAUAGUUUCUGCUUGGAGCAAUUUCAAACCGUGCCUAUCGAUAAAGGCUUGAAGUAUUACACAUGGAUAUGUCCUAGAUGUACGACAUGCAACGAAUGUAAUAAAGUUGACAGGCUAAAAGUUAACUGUCAGAAAUGUUUAAAAUCAUAUCACCCGGAAUGUUUUAAUUCUAAAUGGAAUAGCGAGGAUAAACCGUCGGUUUGUUCAAAAUGUGUGAAAUGCAAAAGUUGUGGAACACCAAACAUAACAAAAUUUGUUGGUAACUUGCCUUUAUGCAUGAGCUGUUUUAAAUACCGGAAAAUGGGAAAAUUUUGCCCUAUUUGUCAACAUUGCUACGACGAAAAUGAUUGUUGUUCAAAGAUGAUGGAAUGUGCAAAAUGCUGUAAAUGGGUCCAUGCGAAUUGUGAGCAUUUGACUGAAGACCAGUAUCAAAUGUUGAGUGUUCUUCCUAAAUCUGCGGAGUAUUUGUGUCCUUCGUGCUGUAAUUCACCAGGGUCGAUCCCAAACUGGAAAAAAGCAAUAAUUCAUGAAAUGAAAUCCAGUUUUAUCCACAUCCUACGCCAGCUUAGCAAAAACAAAACGGCUAGAACCUUAUUAAAAUGGAGUCCGGUACAUGAUACAACUUCUUCUAAUAAAACAGUAACGCACGCUAGGAAACUUCAAUUUUUGGAUGGCAGUCUAGACAUGGACAAUAAUAAUAGUAGUAAGGAACCAUUAGAUAUCAACAAAAUCUAUUCGUUUGAAGAAAAUGAAAGAUACGAAGCUAGUCUUAACAAGGUUACGAAUACUCUCUCUGUAGUGGAUAUUAAGAACAAAUUAUUAUCAAAUGAGUACUCUUCAAUAACAGAAUUUAAUAAAGAAAUUGAGGAGUCGUUAAAAUCAACAAAUUCAGAAGAAUUACUAAAAAUUUAUCAAUCAAUAUUCCAUGAUGUAUUUCCAUGGUACCAAAAUGCUUCAAAGGAGGACUUAUCUGACGGCUUAAAAAAAGAUUCUGUCGGUGAAUCUCAAGACACAAUAGAUGACACAAUUCCCAGUUUGUUUAUAGAUCUAGCUCUACCUGUAAUCGAUACUCGAUUAUGCGUGUUCUGUAAAGGAAUAGGAGAUGGUUCAAGUUCGAAGGAAUCUAGACUUGUAUAUUGCGGGCAAAAUGAGUGGGUCCAUGCUAAUUGUGCUCUGUGGUCUUCUGAGGUCUACGAGGAGAUUGACGGAUCUUUACAAAACGUUCAAAACGCCCUGAAUAGGGGCAGAUUGAUUAGAUGCGCUCAUUGUAAACAAAAAGGGGCCAGCGUGGGUUGUUGUUUUAAAGGUUGCCAUGAAACGUACCAUUUUCCAUGUGCCAGGUCUUGUAAAUUAAAAUUUCUGUACGACAAAACCGUUUAUUGUUCAAGCCAUGAUUUGCCCAAAAAUAGUCACAUUAUCUCUCUAGAAAAAGAAUUUGAUAUUGAUAGGUCUGUGUUUGUUGAAGUUGACCAGAAGAAAAGAAAAUACUCGGCUGAAAUAGAUAAAACCACUUUUAUGAUUGGAUCUUUAUGCAUCACAAAUCUCGGUAAAAUUGAUCCUAUCAUUUCUGACACGACUGAGUGUAUCAUUCCUAUAGGCUUUGCUUGCACAAAAAUGUUUUGGUCUACUACCGAGCCUUGGAAGUUGGUACCUUAUACAGUGACGGUAUCAGUCAAGAACUACAACAGUAAUACUCUAAUUAUAGAUAGGAAUUUCACGAUAGAUCAUUCACGAGAUAAAUUAGUUGUGGAAAAAAUGCUGAGGGAAAUAAAUAUUUGGCAAAGGGAUUUAGACAGGAAGGUUUCCGACAUUGACUCUGAAGAUGACGAAGAACAACGUACAGUACUCCUGUCGCCAGAGCUUACUGACGCUAUUUUAGAAGAGUUGCCGCAUGAUCUUUUAGAUGGAAUUUCCGUUCAAGACAUUUUCCCUAAAUUUUCUUAUGAUGAAUUAUUGGACUACAAACACGAUUUAAACCUCAGUGAAUCAUACAAGAGAUCAGACAUUGAUGAGGACUUAGAUGUGGACAUGAAAAAUAAGGAAUAUAAAAAGAAUAAAAUUGAUGCCUUAUCCAAGACACGUGCGACUUCCAAAUCUUGCAGCCUAACUCUGAGUUGUAAGUUGGAUAGUUCCUUAUCUCCCUCUGUAAAGAAAAGAAAAAUUGCCACCACAAGGGAGACUAAUGUCAUGUACCAAUUACUGCAAGUUGAUGGUAACCUUGAUGAUUGUAGUUCCAGCGAAUGUGGAUCUCCUUCGGAAGUAACUGGUACGAAUGUCUGGGGGAGUUAUAUAUCCGAAGAACCAGUGACUUGUGAUAAAUGUCAAUCUACUUAUAGAACACAAGCUAGUUAUGCGAGACAUUUAGAGUCCUGUGAGAGUUUUUCCGCCAGUGACGAUGAUUCAGAAUUAAAUGUAGAACAGGAGAUCCUACCUACAUAUACUAAUUCGAACACAAAUUUUAUCGAUAAUCAAGUGGUGGUAGACGUCAACGAACCAGUGCUUAUUUCUUCGUUUGAAUCAUAUCAAAGCGAAAUCCACACAUCAGUUCUUAAUACUCAAAGCUUUGUUACAUCCAAGUCUUCUUCCGAAGUAGUACCUUCUGAAAUAAUUAUCCCAAGUAUCUCCCAAGCAACCGAGCACAAACCUGUACUUCACUCUCUAUCAGUUAAUGCUGUGACACCACUUACAUUAGAAACAUCACAACCCGAGCAAACGUUUUCCAUCAAUCAACCGACCAUUAUAAACGAUCCUGGCGUGUCAGUGCAUACGAACCAAGCCCAAUUCUGUGUAAAUCAAACUGUGCCUUUAUGUGUAAAUCAACCCAUUACUUUACAACAGAACAACAUUCAAGUCAACCCUUCAACAUACUCCGGAAAUCAAGUCUCAUUCAUAAACCCCAAUGCCUCUAUAUCUAUAAACUCGGUUCAGCCUACGAAUUCGGCUCAAUUAAACCAACAACAAUUAGAUUUUCAAACUCCCUCAGUCACGAUUCAACCAGUUUCUUACAAUAAUAUUAUUAACGUAGGAUCUCAAAAUCAGUUUACUCUGAAUGGUAAAUUGAUCCAAAACCCAGUAUUACAGGCUGUUAAUGUCCAAGGUGCUCAAUGGGUUCGACAAGUUGCGAAACCGACGAUAGUCACACAGAAAACUGUGAAGCCUAGAAAUCGGAGUCGUGCAUUAGCAGCUAGGCGUAACCAGUGUGAACAAGGAGCGAUUAUUCUUCCUCAAAACUCUAGCCAAGUAAUAGUCCAACAACUGCCGUCCACGAGUUAUGUUCCAUUUGUCGAUGCCUUUCAGCAACCAGGACAAAACAUACAAUACGUCACAACCCUCGCCCCUCAAGUUAACACUGUGCCUGCUCAGUCUAUAGUACAAAUACAACCGGAUACGAAUAUAAUAAGCAUAGUUCCUGGUUUGCAACAAGCCAUGUACAUACAACAACCCAGAGUGGAGAAUCAGUUGGUCGUAGACAGCAACGGUACACUUGGUUGGUCUCAGCAGCAAACAGUCCAACCAGUCUACUACGGAUUCGAAACUAUUGUACAAAACACUGUGAUGCAAUCACAACAGUUCCUGCCAACAACGAUGCCUGGUGUAUUAACGGCGAACAGUAGUUAUUCAACAACUACGCAAGUAUUUCAGACUAGUAAGUUAGAGCCUGUGUUGGAUGUGACAUCAAAUAGUUUUGUGCUGGUUAAUCCCGGACAACUGGUGAAUUCACAGCCCAUAGUUAACACCCAACCCAUUGUUAAUUCGCAACAAAUAGUUAAUACUCAACCUCAGUCAAUUAUCAACUCACAGACCAUGGUCCCACAGCAGGUCGUUAGUCAACAACCUGUUAUAAAUUCACAGAUAGUUAGCCAGCAACCUAUAGUCAGUACUCAGCCAGUAAUCAAUACGCAACCAGUAGUCAAUAGUCAGCCUGUAGUCCAUACGCAACCUGCAGUUAAUUCACAGCCCUUUAUCAACUCACAACCGAUAGUCAACUCACAAGCCAUCGUCAAUUCACAGCAGAUAGUUAACUCACAACCGGUAAUACCAUCACAGCAACUAGAAAGCACUCACAACACCCAUCACCUGACUGCAUCACACGAAGCAGACCCUUUCAUAAACACUCCUACCGUCACAUCUCCACCUAGUAUUGUUACCCCUAGACCUGUAGAGCUCCAGCAAGUCCAAAAUAUUAAAAUAAACACUAUAAACAACGUACUACCACAAAGGAAAGAAAUAAUUAGGCAAGAUAUUAAAAAAGAAAUGAGCAAUCUCCCUACAGGUAUCCAAAACAUAAGCAUGCUACCUCAGAAACAAGAACCGAAGAUAUCACACUCGCAAAUUCCAAUGAAAACAUCACCAAACACUAUGCCUAUACCUAUGCAACCUGUGAAAUAUAAUCAGGCACCAAACAAACCAGCAGCCCCUGCUUCAAGUCAGAUAUUACUUCCAACGGCUCCAUUUGUGUCUGAGCAACGUAUUCCUACUAACAUAGUCACUCCAAUUCCUAAACCACCGUCAGUUUCUAGUCGUCCCAUGAAUAGGGUUUUACCUAUGCUUACAAAUAAUACAAAAGGGCCUAAAAAGAAUUUUGAUGAUAAGUUGUUUUUUCCUGACGAGAAAAAGAAGCCUAUACAAAUCCAAAAAGUUUACGAGAUCAAAGCCAGUAAACCAAAAUUAGAGUCUAUUAAAACUGUUGAAGCAGAUUCCAAACUGAUUACACCCAUCUUUGAUCCCCUGCCAAUUCCUAAGCUAGCGGUAAUAAAAGAAGAAAAGAAAGAUAAACGCUUAAAGCAGGAACUGCCGCCUAAAACCUGUAAAAGUAUUGAAAGCGAAAGCGUGUUGAAACUGGAUCCUCCUAAAGUAGAGCCAAUUAAAAUAGAUCCUCCUGAAGAAAAAGAACCCAUUGUUGAAGAAAUCAAACCAGUUCAGACCACUAUAUCUGCGGAUACCAAACUGGACACUUCUCUAAAAUUAAUAUUUCAAAAGCAAGGACAAGAUGGAACCUACAAAAUCAGUUCUAAUUUUAGUACAAAACAACCUGUACAAGUGGUUCCUUUAAAACCGAUCAAAUCAAAUUAUACACCUCCCCCUUUAGAAAAACCAAAGAAAAAAGAAAUAAAGCCACUGGAACCUGAGAAAUUCGAGGAAAGUUCAAAAUCUCAACUAGCGAAAAAAGAGAGUGAAACUACUUCAAUAAUGUAUACAAUAGAAACCAGAGAGGGAUUCAAAUACACUUCAUCUUCAGUGGGCGAUCUUUGGUCCAGAGUUUUAGAAACUGUCCAAUCAGCUAGAGUAGCUCAUAAUAUGCCGCCUUUGCCUACAAAUAACGGUAGCCUACUCAAUUCACUACAAAUCUUAGGGUUUAAGUCAAACGGUUCAAAGUUUCUUCUAGAACAGUUACCAGGAGCUUCGAAAUGUACGAAAUAUCAAUCGGUUUUCAACUUCCCUCCGCAUGCCAGUGAAAUGGACAGUGAGUUAACACAAGAUCACAUUCACGGUGCUAUUCGUUGUGCACCAUACGAGAACAACAAUAAAGAACCUUACGACAUGUUUGGAUGGCUUUCGUCGCAACAUCGACAACCGGCAAAGAUAUCUUUGGAGAGCCAGGAACAAACAUCUAGGAGGGUGGUGAAUCUCCCAAUGGCCAUGAAAUUCCGGCAAUUAAAACUAACCUCGAAAUACUCAGUGGGCGUUUAUAGAUCGCCUAUUCACGGAAGGGGUCUGUUUUGCCUUCGUGAUAUCGAAUCUGGAGAAAUGGUCAUCGAGUAUGCAGGGGAGGUUAUACGAUCCAUUUUGACAGAUAAAAGGGAAAAAUUGUACAACGCCAAAAACAUCGGUUGUUACAUGUUUCGGGUUGAUGAUAAUUUUGUUGUGGAUGCAACCAUGAAAGGAAAUGCUGCUAGGUUUAUUAACCAUUCUUGCGACCCUAACUGCUACUCGAAAGUAGUGGAAAUUUUAGGACAUAAACAUAUAAUAAUUUUCGCCUUACGACGAAUUCCUAGUGGGGAGGAGUUGACCUAUGAUUAUAAAUUCCCUUUUGAAGAAGAUAAGAUUCCAUGUACAUGUGGAUAUAAAAAAUGUCGAAAGUUUUUGAACUGAUUCUAAGUGAAAAUUGCUUUUGUUGUAUAUUUGUAAUUGUAAAAAGCUGUAAAUAUCUCAGAUUGUUUUGUUUCAUUUCAAAAAACAUUUUUAUCGAGAAACCGUACUAGCUAUUUUUAUACACUCACCAGCACAAUUAACCGCCCACCUUGUAUUUCUUUCAAUUUGCAGAAAUUGUCAAUUUUGGACCACAUUUUAUGAAAGAUACGGUGAAAACUAUCUUUGAGGAAAAGAAAACUAUAAGAUUAUUGAAAAAUGUCGUUUAUCAAGGGAUGCUUAGCAAAACUCCAAUGUUUAAAAAUCUUCGAAGAAAAUUCGAACAUAAUAAAUCAAAAAUGAAUAACCGUUUUCAAUUUCGUUGCAACACGAAACUACAGCCGCAUCAUUAUUCUAGUCCAAUCAGAGAGUGCAGCAAGCACCUCUACCGGUUUCGAAACUUAUUAGUCUCUCAUCAGGAGGCACAUAUGCUGCUCUCUCUGACCCAACUAGGACAACGAAACAUUGCAACGAACGAAAAACAGGGAUACUCUAGCGGCAACUGCUGUAGUUUCGUGUUGCAAUAAAAUUGAAAAUGGUUAUUCAUUUUUUAUUUACAUGUUUACUCUGAUUGGAGUACGAAGGGAACCAUUCUCGUUGGAACUUUACCACGCUGAGUAGAUGGGACGUGAAUUAUACAUUGUAAAAAUGUGUUGGGUUAAGAUCGGGACUGGCUGGCCAUGGUAAAACUUGAAUCCCGACCUCAUUAAGGUACUCAUGUGUGAAUCUUGCGGCAUGGCAACGUGCAUUGUCAUGUAUUAAUCUAAAUGACAUGGUCUUGGAGAACUUUUUUCACGUAUCUUCGAGUAUUCACACUGCCUUUAUCGAUCACGUUGCAGACAAUGAAGCGGUCAUCUCGAAUUGCAGUGCAGGCCGGCACGCACUCUUGAUCUUAACCCUUGAACACAUUUGGGACAACCUCAAAAGACAGGAUAGAGCAAUGGUACCAGCCCCUACAUCCCUCGGAGAGCUCAAGACGGCUGCGCUAGAGGAGUGGCACAAUAUCCUCCAAUCCCCAAGAUUGCCGAACCGGCUCCAAGAGGGCCUAAGGGUCAGAGGCGGCAACAGCCAUUAUUAUUACUCAUAAUUUUUUAAGUUAUACUUCUUUAGGCACGAGGGUGAAUUUUUACAUUCCCCGGCGCAUGCGCACACGGACAGUAUGGUAUUAAAAUUUAAUAGUGACUAUUUAAUAGUCGCUACAUCUUUUAAGUUAUGUAGCACAAAUAAGGUGUGCAUGAAAAGAGUAUAUCGUCGACCUAAUAUGUAAACUGCGUAACUCCAUUUAACCAAAUUUUACAAGAGAGCAAAAAACUAUCUCUCCAAAGACUAAUGCUAAUACUACGUACAUAUCUCCCAUUUUGAAAGACAGGAUGGUAAAACGGAAAUAUUUUAUAGAUACACAUAUUACUAAAUAUUACUAACAUUUUGUAUAUUGUUGAAUAAGUAUUUAAUAUUACUUACCACCAACUUUUUCUUCUCGUGUGGGAUGACAAAAUAGGGAGUUACGAAUUUUUCAUACUAAAUUUGGCGACAAGGGAGAUACGGUGUAUACGGAGAGGUCGCUAUUUACUCAUCUGGUAAAAAUAUGCAUGUGCUACCUUUUUUAAACGAUAAGUAGGGACUUUUUGAAACAGAUGGCAGUGAUAAUUCAUUUUCAGAAAAUUAUGGAGUUACGCAGUUUACAUAUUAUUUAUAAAUAUUUUUUGGUAAAUAUAUUUAUUAUAAUUUUUAUGUCUGUGGAUUUGUCUUCCUCCUCAUAAGUAUUAUUGAAAAUGUUUAUUUUCAUUUAAAGUAUCUGUCACCGAGAUUGUAAUUAUGUACGAGAAAUGAUCCACUGAAUAUAAAAGCCGUGGUAGCUGAUCGGUAGAGCAUUCGCCUAGGGAUCGAGAGGUCCCCUGUUCAAAUCCUGACAAAGUCAUUUUUUUUUGGUAUUAUUUUUGUUCUUUCUAAAAUUAGUUUAAUAUUUAAAUACAAUACAAAAAACUGUUUAAAGUAGAUAGGUAUUGAUUUCGUUAAAAUCAUAAUAUGAAGUUAGAUUAUAUCAUAAUAAAAGUAUAACUUCUUAAAUGCGCACAAAGUACACACACACAUUCUUUUUUAAUUAGGCCAUGAUUUUCAAAAUUGUUUAUUUGAAUUUUCUUCGAAGAUUUUUAAACAUUGGAUUUUUACUAAUACCUUGAUAAACGACUUUUUUCAAUAAUUUUUUAGUUUUCUUUUCCUCAAAGAUAGUUUUCACCGUAUCUUUCAUAAAAUGUGGUCCAAGAUUGACAAUUUCUACACAUUGAACGAAAUACAAGGUGCGCGGUAAUUGUGUGGUGAGUGUAUUUGAAACUUUUUUGAUAGAUUUUGUUUUAUAUAUUGUACAAAUUUGGAUUGGAAACGAGGUACUUGUGUAUAAUUAUUACGGAAAUAUUUAAUUUAUUGUAAAUGUAAAUCGACUAUUAAAAAUGUUGUUGAAAUGUGACAAAUAAAAUAUAUUUCUCCUUCCUGAUGUAGCACCUAUUAUAGCCAUUAAAGAGUAAUAACAUUCUUAAAUUAAUGUUAGUUUUGUAAACUCAAAGUAUUCAAAAAUUUUGUAAGAAUUUUGGCUGUGACGAUAUAUAUGCAUUUGUGCCAUUGGCUCCAUAGGUGCUAUAUUUAAAUUUUGAUAAAAUAAUAUCAUGUGAUAUGUUAUGCAUACUUUUACGAAAACUUUUUCACUUUCAAAAUACCAGUUUUCAACCAAUUUUAACGAUUUUCCUUUGUCGUAUGACUUAAAUUGUGAACAUAUCUGUUGUCUCUCACUGUGUAAUUAUCGAUAAUAUUCUCUUCUACAAAAAUUUAUUUAAACUACUCUAAAAAUUUAAGGGACUACUUUUUCCUCAAAAUUAAUGGAGACAAUAUUUGGAAAAUGUCAACAGGUCUACAAAUAUCGACAAAUUUAUAAAACCUGUAACCUAGAAGACACCAAUAAUAAAUAAAAUGAAGAUACUAUACUAAAUUUACAAUCAAUAUGCAGUAGAAGUAAUCAAACCAAGACACUUUAAAUGUUCCUAGGAGCACUCCCGAAUCAUAAUUUACAAUGUAUAAACUUUGAAAAUCAUGAUUUGGUAUUUACAAUGUAUAUACAUUGUAAAUUGUGAUUCGGUAUUGCUCCUAGUAGCAUUUAACGUGUCUUGGUUUGUUGAUUUCUACUGGAUCUUGAUUUUAAAUUUACUAUAUAUUUAUUUCACGUUAAGAAAGGAAACUUUUGUCUUAUGCAGAUCAGUGUUGCCAAAACGCUCAGGCAAAUGUUAUUAGUAGACUGCCGAUAUACGAUUCAUUCUAAUCAGACGGCGUGGCAUCGGCGCGCUUCUAUCGUCCAUAAGAAGUACGUAGCCCUAUCUACGCAACGUCCCGUUCUUAACUUGAGACGCUCUAUAGGAGCAAUAUCAAGGAAAACGGGAAGAGACAAAAUAAGAAUCAACAUCUUCAGGGAACAAUACGGCGUACAAGGGGUAGUCGAGGAAGAAGAUAAUAACGGUAGAAAGAAAACCAGCUGUCAAGUGAUCACCGUGAAAACCACCAAAGAGGGGGAGAUAUUGCUGGCAGUCUACCUCUCAAGAAAUAUUUUAGCAACGGAAUUAACAGGUCGUCAGAUCUACAAGAAGAAGAUAUUAAGAAAGAUCAAUAUUUAGUUGAUUCAUUUGUAUCGAGAUGGGGUUGGAACAAGAUAAAGAUAGCUAUAACAAAGGCGGGAAAAACAGGCGAAAAGAAAUUUACACAAAGAAAACACUGAUAUGACAAGGAUAAAAUCAGAAUAAAGGUAUUGCGAUGCUCAAAUUGUAAUGAGAAGGAAAAGGGGAAGCCAGUAAUAACAAAAAUGGAAAAAAGUGCAAUCAAAAGCAUAAAGAAAGGAUGCAUGCCACAAACAAUAUAUUGAAGAAUGGAAACAAGGAUAUCAUAACAGACUAGAAAGAAUGUUUUAGUGUCCUCUUGAGUAUAAGAAAGAAGAAGAACAGUUAGGAAGGAAACCCUAGCCGAGAUUAAAAAAUAGUCAAGCGAUAAAAUCGUUAUGGAUCAAGAAAAUUUCAUAAAGCAAAUAAGGCGAAGAAAAUGAAGAUGGCGGGGCCACAUAAGAUGACAGAUAACAUUACCAGGACUGCGCUGGAUUGGAAUCCUUGAGGCCGACGGAAAGUAGGCAGACCUAAAAAGACUUUGAAAAGGACAGUACUGGACAAAGGGAAAUAAAUGGAAAAAAUCCUGGCGUGAAAUCGAAGCACUAGCGAGAAGUAGAGUUCGCUGGAAGCCCUAUGGUCCUUUUAGAAAUCUCGGGACUAUAUAUCGAUGGCUGAGUAUGAAAAGCUCGUAUGUCAUUUUACAGGAGAGACAAAAAACCGAAUUUUUGCAUGCUCUAACCGAAAACAAAAAAUUAUCUUUACGUAUUUUAAGUUAUGACUAUAUUUAGAUCGUUACAAAUAAAUUUUUCACUUAUGUUUAUGUUGUUGAGUAUGCAGAAAUUCAGUUUUUGUCUCUUCUGUAAAGUUGCCUGUAAAAUGACAUUCAAGGUUUUCGUACUAAGCCAUUUUUCCAUCAUAUUUUGCUGUUCAAUUGAAAAUCUUUUUUAAUGGUAACCAGUAGUGGAGAGAGGGUGAAGCCUUGCCUCAUGCCUUUAAUGGUUUCCACUUAUUUCUCUAUACAGACCGUUGGUAAUCCUUGAUUCCGUCUUUUGAUUCCAGUAUAAUCGUUGGAUCAUCCACAUACAGGGUGUUUGGUAAAGAAUGGGCCAUAGCUUAACCGUAGAUUUCUGAGGUUAAAAUAGGUCGAUUUAAGCUAACUUACCUUAGUACAAAAGUUGAUAAUUACCGAAAUACAGGGUGUCAAAGUUAAACUAUUAUUUUAUUUAUUCUUGAAUAUUUCCUAACAGGCAUGGAAUAAUAACACGAAAUUUGGUAAGCUGGGGUUUUUUGGAACGAGAAAUCUAAAUUCGCCACCAAAAAUUAUGCAUUGCCCAGAGGACGCCACAUACGUGUUUCAGUGCUCAUUUAAUACGUUCAGUUUUUUUAUCCCCCACUUUACAUACUUUUUGAAUCAAAAUUUGUAUUCUCUUAAUAUUUCUACUUAAAAAAGGUAUACUACAUUUAUCUCGCUAAACUCAACUGCUUUCGAAAUAAACGUAUUUUAAAUCUGCGAUACAACAUAUUUUUGUGCAUAAUAUCAUUGUAAUUAGACCCGAAAAAUAAACUUGAAACCAUAAUAAUUGUGCCAAUUCUCAUAUUUAUGUCAUUGCAUCCAUUGUCCAAUGUCCAAAUGUCCAUGUCCAAAAAUUGAAAAAAUCUAACACAUCCGUCAAAGAAAAGCGUGGCGCGUGUUCAUCGAAUAAACGGUUUUCGUUCCACACUUUUUGGACAAUUCGACGUAGAUCUCAGGAUCGAAUUGUUUUGUAAUGCCCCUUUGUCCGCUUCUUCUCGAUCGACGAUGGUAAAUAAAUGUUUGAGUGUGGAGUAAAAAAUAUGGUUUUAUUGACAGCUACGUAUAAUUACACUAAAGAUGUUGUUCAGGUAACUUUCUAUAAUAGACUGCCUUUAAUGACAGCUACUGAUAAUAAUUACUCUCGGCGUAACUUCUAACAACGACUUACGUACUUGUUAACGAGGUAACUGUUUCAAUUAGACUGCAACCCAAAAUAAUCCCUUUGGUUAAUUUAUAAUCUCGUCAAAAUAUACAAUUCAUCAAUAAGUUGCAUGACAACCGAACUACGGACUUUGCAUGUUGAAAGAUUGCAACUACAGUUUAAAGGAAGCUAUUGCAAAACUUGUAAAGUUCAAUUGGAAAAUAUAUUAUUUGGCAUUUUAUUAAGUUUGCAGGUUGAAUGGACUCUAAUUAUUAAAAUAUUACUCGAUGUUUCCCAAUGUUUCAAUUAUAUAUGGUGAAACUAUAAAAGUUUAGGAAGUUAAGAAAAAAUGUGAGAUUACAAAUUAAGGGAUUAAUUUGAGAUUGAACACUUUUCUUUAACGAAUGUGUUUUUUUCAAUUUAUUUUUAUUUUUUGCUUUUUAGUUGAUUUUUUUAUAAUAUUUUUAAUUUUAGUCACUCGUUACUAAAGAAAAGCGUUUCUUAAAAUUUUUUUUAUACUUUUAUUUUUUAUUUUUUAGUCUUACACUUUUUAAACAUUAAAAUAUAUCGUCAUGUUUAUUAAAAUAUGUAUAAAACAUAUGAUGUACUAACAUGAAAAGUAGUCGGAAUUGGCAAAAAAUUCGAAACUUUAUUGUUUAUUAAUGAAGCAUAACGUAAACAAUUAACGUAAAAAGUGAAAUUAUGUAUUGUUCAUUAGCUAAAUCCGUAAAAGUUUUAAGUUUUUACAUUGUAAAAAACAAGAGAAUUUAAGCGUUUUCCAUUAAAAUCGUUUUUUUUUUAUUUAAACAAUAAACAUGAAAAAAAAUUUUUAUCGACUAUUCGUGUAUUGUUCCCGCGAAUGCAUAUGUCUGCAAAUUGUCAUUCAUUUGCAUUGAAGAAAAGGCAGUGAAAUUAACGUCUAAAGAUUUGACGCAAACUAUUGAACUAAAGGUGUGAGGGACCAGGCACCUGGCAGAAAUUGUGCGACUGAAUCCAAAUUUUCAUUUAAUUUAAGAAAAUGUCAGCGAAUUGGUACAUGGAACGUCCAGGGACUGAUCCAAAACCCUGGAAAGUUACACAUAAUUGAAAAAGAAAGGUAGACCACAAUCUUUCGGUACUGGGUCUCUCUGAAACUCACUGGAGAGGUAAAGGGCAUUUUAAAAAACUGCUGGCAACGUCGUCUAUUUUUCAGGCCCAGAUAACAAAAGUACAAAUGGAGUCGCAAUAAUUGUACCCUCUAUUAAACUUAACGACUGCGUAAUUGGAUAUAAUACUAUUGAUGACAGGAUAAUAUCCCUUAAAAUGAGAAUAUCCACCCAAUACCCUACACCUUGUCCAUGUAUACGCUCCUACAACAGCUGCAAAAGAAGAAGACAUCAAUAGGUUCUAUGGUCGUCUAGAAGAAACUGUUCACGCUAUUCCGAAUCGUGAACUCAUCAUAAUUCUAGGAGAUUUUAACGUCAAAGUGGGGUCAUCUAAUGAAAAUAUUGAAGGAGUGCUGGGCAAAAAAUGGACUGGGACAGAGAAAUGAGAAUGGCGACCGUCUAGUGGAGUUCUGUGUAGAACAACAUCUUACAAUUACAAACACGUUAUAUCAACAUCAUCUACGGAGAUUAUACACAUGGCGCAGCCCAGAUGGACGAACAAGGAAUCAAAUAGACUACAUCCUAAUAAGAUCAAGAUGGAAGUCGUCGGCCAUCAACUGUAAAACAUAUCCUGGCGCAGACUGCGGAAGCGAUCAUCAACUCCUGGUAUUGAACGUUCGACUUCGUUUUAAAGUUCCCAAAAGAAGACCCCGGAGAAAAGUCAUGUCUCUAAAUCCAUCAAAAAUCAAUGACUUCCAACACAACCUAGAAGAAGCUCUCUCUUUAGACCAAGUAGAUAGUGACCCUGAGAGCACUUGGAUUUAUUUCAAAGAUAAGCUAAUCGAGGCUGCAAAAGACUGUGAGGCAGCGGUUUCCACUGGCCGUAAACCAUGGAUAUCCGAUAAUACGUGGACUGUGAUUCAACGCAGAAAAGAACACAAAACUAGACACGGAACAAACGAUGAAUACAGAGCGUUAUCGCAAGAAAUCAAAAAACAGUGCCGCAAAGACAAAGCUGAUUACAUCUCUCAAAUAUGCAGAGAGAUAGAGGAACAUGGCUGUCGAAAUGAACCGAGGGAUUUAUUCCAGAAGAUCAAACUCCUUACCAGAUAAUU